CGACAGCUUGGGUUUAAUCGUCAGGGGUUCAUACAACCUAUAGUUUAGAAUGUAAGUGUUUGUCAAUCCUCUUUUCUGGAAUAGCAUACUUCCUAAUCUAGCCUACAGUCAAUUAGCACCACUGAUUUGAGACCUGCCCAGCUCGUUGAUUGGACUGUUAGCUCUGUCUGACGUUUUCACCGUGACCUACACUCUGAAUUCGGUACACGUGCGAGUGCAUUUGCUUCUGACAUAAGAAAAUGACACUUACCCUACAGUAGCCUACUACUUGUCUCCUUAAGACACAAUGUUGUCUUCCUCAGUAACACUGAAAGAUGAUAACUUUUUCACGCGCAAGAGGAGUAAGGAGCUUCAGCUUGAUUUUGAAGUAUUCAGAGAUGAAGAUAAAUACUCCGACAAGACAGAGUCUGACCUACCUUCAUUCAGCGUUGAAGCUCUGAUGUCCAGUAAACCGAAUAGGCCUGCUAAGUGUGACUUUUCUGCGAAAGUAUACACCGUUGCGGGAAUCUUGCCCGUGUCGACUACUUCAACGGGUUCAUACUCUGAUCGACUCGUCUCGCUUUCUCCGUCACCCACUGUCUCACCCUUCUUGUCUGGACGGCUAAUGAAAAUCCCAGAAUGUUCGUACGAAAAGCUAGGAAAACACGAACGAACUUCAUGGACAGUCCAUCUUCGAUUUCCCCCAAGACGAGUCAACUCAUCUGCUUGCCCUCUGAGGAAACACAAAACUAAUAGGAAGCCUCGGACACCCUUCACCACAUCACAGCUUUUAGCCAUGGAGCAGAAGUUUUGUCAAAAACAGUAUCUGUCCAUAGCAGAGCGUGCACAAUUUUCUAGCUCUCUUAAUCUCACAGAAACACAAGUCAAGAUCUGGUUUCAAAAUCGGCGUGCUAAAGCCAAACGACUUCAGGAGGCAGAACUGGAAAAAUUGAAGAUGGCAACCAAACCUUUGUUACCCCAAGCUUUUGAAUACUCUCUCCCUAUUGGUUCCCAUGUCUCUGAAUCUUAUGGUUUUCAACGGCAUGUUAUUGGUGUUCCUGUAUCUCCAAUGGAACUCUACGCAGCUCAUUUUGGGUACAUGCACCAUAUCGCCUGAAGUAACCUGUCAACAUUUCUCUAGGUUGGAGUCAUCAGAAUGUAGUCUGCACACUCAGAAAAUAAAUAAUGCUCCAGUGCCAUCA